AUCUUGUUUUCACUUUUGAAAUUAAUGCUGUUAAGAUGUGGGUAAAGAAAGGAGAGGUUGGUGAUAGAAAUGUGGUUGCAAUUCAGAACUCGAGUCCCCUCCCACAGGAUUGAAGUAAUGCAUUCAAUUGGAUUCUAACGGUCAAUUUGUGCUGACUACUGAGUGCCACAUUCAGCUCUUUUUUUAAAUUCGCUCUCCCUAGUCUACUCCUCUUCCAAGUUUCUCUCAAAAGAAAUAUGGCCAACAAUGGUGCUGCAGAUGGCAACAGAAGGUGGAGGAGCCACCACAAUCACAUCCAGUGAAAGAGCAGAUGCCUGGGAUUCAGUACUGCAUUAACAGCCCUCCACCAUGGUUGGAAGCACUAGUAUUGGGUUUCCAGCAUUAUUUGUUUACUCUUGGUAUGACUCUUUGGAUUCCAAUCAUGAUUGCACCUCAAAUGGGCGGCGGUAAUGCAGAGAAGGUAAAGGUGAUCCAGUCCUUACUCUUUGCCUCUGGAUUAAAUACUCUAUUUCAAUCUUUAUUCGGAACCAGACUCCCAGUAGUGGCUGUGGAUUCUUAUGCAUAUUUAAUUCCCAUCACAUCUAUCAUCCAAGGCAGUAGAUAUAGCUCCUGUGCAACUCCCAUUAAAAGGUUUGUAUAUACAAUGAAGGGGAUUCAAGGAGCAUUGAUAAUUACAGCAUGCUUUCAGGCGGUUGUGGGGUUUCUAGGAUUGCGGAGAAAUGCUGUCAGGUUCCUUUACCCUCUUUCUGUUGUUCCAUUUGUUACUCUUAACAGCCUUGACUUUAUCAUCUUGGUUUCCCUAUGCUAGCUUAAUGUGUUGAAGUGGGGCUUCCAGGGGUCAUCAUCUUGGUUUUCAUCUCACAGGUAAGUAACAUAUAAGGUUCUUGGUUGCUGCUUUGUCACAAACAUCACUAUUUUCAUCCGGCUCAAUACUAAAGAGUACCAUAAUGCUUUCGCAGUAUCUACCGCACUAUAUGCAGCAAGUGAGACUGAUAAGUUGAAUUUAUAUACAUAUUAAUGUGGAAUUGUUGCCUUGAUAUUAUUGAUAUUUGGAUGAGUUUUAUGAGAUUUUACAUAAUUUUCAUUAUUUGUGCAAAAAAGAACUUGAAUGCAUAAAAGAAGAGUUUUUGGGAUUAAUUGAAUAUUUUUUGAAAGUUGAGGGGCUGAAUUGCAAGAAGAAGGGCGCUUCUUUGAGACCUUAAUGAAUGAAUCUUGAGUUUUGGGAUCUAAGUACUCAUGGUACAAAAGCUGAAGGAGAGAUCUGCCAUUUUACUAUUGAAAAAAUUGCAAAAGAGGACUAACUAUGGAUCAAGUUGUCUUAAACACUGAUGUGGAUUAUCAAUGGCUUGUGCCAAAGAUGAGGGUACAAGUUGAAGCAGUAACUAUCUUGCUAGCAGAAAUUGAUGAUGAUGAACUUGACCGAUUUCAAGCAGUCAUUGAAAGGAUAAAAUUAAAGAAGACUCUAAUAGAACAAUUAAAUAUCACUUGUCAAUGGUGUGGAUUAGACCAUUUUAAUUCUGAUUGCUAUUAUAAACGAUUUAACAAGUGUGUUGAUUUUUCUUGUGAUUCUUAUAGCUAGCAAUAUAACUCUUAUUUCAGU